AUGUCGCUCGAAGAAGAUGCGACGUCGGCGUUGCUGCCUUUCGACGUCGCCUUCGCGCCCCGUCCGCCCCGUCGAAGCCGUUUGCGUCGCAUGGACGUAGCGCUCGUGACAGUGCUCGUGUCGGUCGCUUGUUUCAUCUAUGCGCGUCCGCCCAGUGUGCGCACAACGAACCCACUGCUGCUCGCGACACCUUCGCGCAACUUCCACUACCUCACGUACGACGACAUUCCAGCGAUUAAGCGCCAAUCAGGAUACAGCGUCACGGUGUCGAGACGAGGGUUUGCCAUUGAUGGCACACCGACGCUAUUAUUAGGCGGGUCGAUCCACUACCCACGGAGCUCGAUUGGCCAAUGGGAACAGCUGCUCCGAGCGGCCAAACAAGACGGACUCAAUUUCGUGGAAAUGGACGUGUUUUGGAACGUGCACGAGCUUGAGCAGGGCGUGAUGAACUUUGCUGGCAACGCCAAUAUCACGAGGUUCUACGAACUAGCAGCCAAAGUAGGAAUGUUCCUGCACGUGCGGGUCGGUCCGUACGUCUGUGCAGAGUGGAGCAAUGGCGGCCUGCCCGUGUGGCUCAAUUGGGUGCCAAACAUGAAAGUACGAUCGAGCAAUACAGCGUGGAAGCGAGAGAUGGAGCGAUUCGUUCGCUUUGUCGUGGAUCUGUCGAGACCGUUUUUGGCAAAACAUGGCGGACCGAUUAUCAUGGCGCAGAUUGAGAACGAGGUCACGUCGCAAGAUCGAGAGUAUAUCGAGUGGUGCGGCGAUCUGGUGAAGCGCUUGGAUACGUCCAUUCCAUGGAUCAUGUGCCACACCAACGCAGCUACGAACACGAUCCUCUCGUGUAAUGGUAACGAUUGCGUGGAUUUUGCAAUGACGCACGUGAAAGAUCGGCCUUCGGACCCGCUUGUGUGGACUGAAGACGAGGGCUGGUAUCAGACUUGGCAAAAAGAUAAAAAGAACCCACUGCCAGGUGAUCAGCGCACAGCUGAAGACGUGGCGUACGCUGUUGCUCGAUGGUUCGCUAUUGGCGGUGCUACACACAACUACUACAUGUAUCACGGUGGCAACAAUUACGGCAGGGGUGCUGCCGCGGGCGUAACAAACAUGUACGCUAAUGGAGUCAAUCUUCAUUCAGACGGUCUGAGCAACGAGCCGGAACGAUCUCAUUUGCGCGAGCUUCACCAGAGCCUGAUCGAGUGCAACGACAUUUUGCUGCGCAACGACCGGCAGUUGCUGAAUCCCCAAAACAUCUCAUCAUCGGGCCAUCAACGUGCUUUUGUGUACGGACCAGACAACGGACACGGCCAGGUGGUGUUUUUGGAAAACAUGGCAAACAAGGGGGUGACCGUGGUGUACAGGCGCAGCAAAUACGACCUCCGGCCGUCCUCCAUGUUGAUCAUCAAGGACGGUGUUGUCCUCUUCGAUACUGCGGAUACACAAAAGUCAUUUCCAGGUCAUCAGCAUCGGACAUACAGUCCGCUCGUGAAAGCUGCCGCCCUCGAAUGGAAGACGUGGAGCGAGCUCAACGUGUCAACGGAGACAUUGAGAAAGCGUGUGGUAGCCAAGCAGCCGAUCGAGCAGCUUCGUUUGACCGCGGACCAGUCGGACUAUAUGACUUACGAAACCACGUUCACUUUACAGCAGCCAGAUGGGUACAGCAUCACCACGAAGGACGACGCCAUGACACUGAAAGUGACCUCAUGUGAAGCUAACAGUAUCAUCGCUUUCGUUGACAACUGGCUCAUUGGUGAGAGAUCGCUGGCGUACCCUGGCAGCAAUUGCUCUCAGGAGUUCCAGUUCCAUUUGCCGAUGAACCUUGAGGUGAACCGCAAGCAUGACUUGAAGUUGGUGUCUGUGAGCCUGGGUAUUCACUCGUUGGGGAGCAACCACAGUAAAGGAGUAACGGGAAGUGUGCGAGUUGGACACACGGAUCUGACGGAUGCACACGAGUGGACGAUGUACCCGUGUCUUAUCGGCGAGCAGCUACAGAUCUAUCAGUCGCAGUGGUUGAGUUCUGUACCGUGGACUGCCGUGUCUCGUUCGUCCGCGUCCUCUGGAGAUGGUGUCACGAGCGGCCGUUCGCUCAUGAGUUGGUAUUGGACUUCCUUUCCGUAUCCUCCAGAACCACAUGCGAACAGUGAGCAGCAGUCGUCUAUCUUGCUCGAUUUAUUCGGACUCACACGUGGUCGAGCGUUUGUGAACGGCCAUGACCUAGGCCGCUACUGGCUCAUCAAUGACGAGGGCGACUUUGUCCAGCGCUACUAUCAGGUUCCACGAGACUGGCUGCUGCAGGAUGUCGAUAACCUGCUGGUAGUAUUUGAUGAACUAGGCGGGUCGGUUGCUGACGUGCGCCUAGUGUCAUCGGCGAUGGUUGUAGCUACCGGGACCAACGACAGCAUUGCUGGACAUCUGAAGUAG